AACAAAACUUCACGCCACCGUUUUCCAGUUCCGUGGUUGAAUUCCCUUCACCGCUGAUACUACUCUGUUAAACCGCGAGCCAUUCCAUUUCAUCGUUCCCGAAGAUAAACGGUUUGAUUCUCUCAAAAUCGCAAUGGCUUGCCUUCAGCUGCUGAAAUCGAGUCCGCAGGCAAAGCUCGGGUGUUUCGGCUCGGAAUCGAAGGCGUCGGUGAGGAGAAGGCUCGUCAGGCUUCAGAAAUCAGGAACUGCACUCGAUCGUCGGAGGUUUCGAGUUUCCUGUGAACGUGAAAGCGGCGACAAUCAAAGCAAUCGGGAAGAACCUCCAGAGUCUUUAUUUUCGAAAGAGCUGAGGAGACGCGGGAUGACAGGCGAUUCAUCAGCCGAGGAUAAAAGCAGAAGCACAGGAACAAAGUACAGAGAAGAAGACGGAGGAUGGAAUUACUCUAGAAGAAAUGGAGUCACAACAGAUGGCGAAACCAACAUAUCAGGCCAAAGGGAGAAGUCCAUGGCACUCAACAGCGAAGGCUUAGAGGGCUUGAUCCCGCGAGCGAAGCUGUUGCUGACGCUGGGAGGGACGUUCUUUCUUGGCUUCUGGCCAUUGAUACUUGUCACUGUUGCUUCCUUCUCUGCUCUGUAUCUGUACUUCGGACCUGAAUUCGUGCACGAUGGUAGUACAAGUACGAGGGCGCCGCCUCAAUAUAUCGACCCCUACGAGCUACUCGAUGAGGAGAGGAUAUACGACACAGCUCCUCCAAUCAACUGAAGAGCAUCCAUCCAAUCCAUAGGAAAGUGAACAACUUCUUUGUUUUGCUGAUGUAUUUCCACUUAUUCAAGUACUCUUGCUGGUUUCUACAAUAGAACAUCAUCCUCACAGGGUGCUUAAAAACAUUAAUGGUGGAAUCAAAGGGUAUAUUAUUAUUAUUA